AUGAUAUCUAUUGGCGGUGUAAUUGGCACAGGCCUUUUCCUGGGGUCAGCCGAAGCGCUCUAUGAAGGCGGACCCAUCGGUGCAUUGCUCGGAUAUUCGAUCAUUGGCACAGUGGUAUACUGCCUUUGCGUAUCUAUCGGCGAGAUGAUAGCCUUCCUCCCGAACGUUGGAGGAGUUGUUGGUUUAGCAGACCUCUACGUGGAUCCUGCUCUUGGAUUCUCACUCGGCUGGGCAUCUUGGUAUAACUGGACUAUUACCCUCCCGGCCGAGAUCAGUGCAGCUGCUCUCGCCAUGGGCUAUUGGUCCAAGGGACACACGUUGCCCAAAAUCCACCAACUUAUAUUCCUACUGUUCCUGUCACCCCUCUUUGCCGUGUUGCGUGACGUCGUUUUUGAUCAUGCAUCAAUCCAGCUCUUCAUCACCACCAGCAUCAACCUACUGCCCUCUGGGUACUAUGGGGAGGUCGAAUUCUAUUUUUCGUCAUUCAAAGUCGGCACAAUUGUUCUUAUCAUUUUCUUCAGCCUCCUCAGCGAUGUUGGUGUUGGAAGGGAUGGAUUCUUAGGUCUCCAACACUGGCAUCAACCAUUCCCUGACUCAUUCUUGGGCGUCCAUGGAGCCAAGGGCCGAUUCCUUGGUUUCACGGCCGUGCUCAUGCAAGCGGCGUUUUCAUUCUUUGGUUCCGAGGUUCCAGGAAUCAACGUUCCUCGUGCCCUCCGACGCGUGUGGAUCAGGAUCACCUUGUUCUACGUCGGCGGCAUUUUCUGUGCCGGCCUGCUAGUACCGUGGAAUCAGACAGAUCUCACAGCUGAUACCAGCAACGGAUUCUCCUCACCAUUUGUGAUCGCGUUCGAAGGUACUAAGCUGGCGAAGCUCGGUAAUCUCAUUAAUGCAGCGAUCGUUAUCUCCGCGUUCUCUGCUGCCUCAUCCGACAUCUACAUCAGCAGUAGAUAUCUGUUCUUCCUCGCCCGCCAGAAACACGCCCCAGCGAUCUUCGCUUUCCUGCUGCGACAUCCCGAUACAACAGCCUCUCGGCGAGAUCCUGUCGAAGAGGAGGAAGGAAGUGAUGUCGAGAUGCUCCUAACGGGCAGGCCGAAGCUGCUUUGGGCCCUCCCAUUCACGUGCAUUAUGACCGCCACGGCGGUCGGCACGCUGGCAUUUCUGAGUGGCGGCACCACCGCCAGCUAUGCGUUCAAACAACUCACCGCUGCCGCCAGUGUUUCCUCCUUGCUGUCGUGGACCGGAAUGCUUUUCACAUAUAUCAGAUGGCAUCAGGGCACCGCAUAUGCUGAGAAGAAGAACAAGGGCCAAGAUACUGAAGAAGCCCGUGAAGUCAUCGAACAGAUUGAUAAGAUCAAGGAGCACAGGCACAAAGGGCAGCCCUACCUCGCAUGGUAUGCCUUCAUCGUAUGCACGACUGUUCUCUUCACGAACGGCUGGACUGUCUUCUUGCAUAAUAACUGGCGGAUCGCGGAUGACGUUAAGCCGCCCGAUCUAGAUCCAGACGAUAUACGUGUUACGACUCCAGUCGCCACGUUCCUUGCUUCGUAUAUACCUCUGCCGUUGUUCGUGCUCCUGACACUGGGAUACAAAAUGAUGUACCAGACGGAGAUGGUCACAUUGGACCAGAUGACUUUCUCCCGGGAGAAUGUGCCGGAGUUGGUCGAAGACGAGUUGCCACCACGCAACAGGUGGGAGAAGAUUGUGCGAAUGUUCAUCUGA